GGUUCGGUUUUCAACCAUCCUCUCUCUCUCUCUCUCUCUCUCUCUCUCUUGUGCCCAAUAGAGGGUUCCACUGCAAAUCAUUCUUUUCCCGAGGUUUUCAGGAUCACCCCAUCAGAGACAAACACUGGUAAUGCUUUGAAUUUCUUUCGCGGCUCUCUGACCUGCAGCCUCUGAAACUGAGGAAGGGAAAGAUGGCUACCUAUUAUCAGAGUUUAAGCAAUCAAAGAGACGUCUUGCCAUCCUUAUACUUGCAAGACCAAAAACUUGCUGCAUACCAUGAAUCACUUCAUCUGCCUGGUAACAAAAUGGAUCCCCACCUAGCUUCUACUGCUGCAUCCCAUGAGAUGUUUUCCGGGAAUUAUUUAGGGAUUCCUUCGGGUGGAAGCAGGAAUGAAAUGGUGUUCAGUACACAAGAAGGGGAUCCUGGAAGUAUGCAGUCGAUUGGUGGGAAUACAAACAUUACAACAGGUGUUUCGAAUGAUAACUGUGUCUCCCAGGGUUACCAGAUGGUUUCAAGAACACUUGGAAUGUUAGAUCAUGAACAAAAUAUGCACUUUCAAGAGUUAUCUCUCACCAUGGGCACGCAGAUAUCAUCUGCAGGUCAUGUACCUUCAAUUCAAGACCAGUUUACGGGUCCUGGUCUUUCUUCCUUAUUGAGUUCUCAUGUUCCAGAUACAGGGGAAGACUGCCUUGAUUUUUCAGGAGGUAUGCGCUGUGCAACCAAAGUUGGGGCUUUGAACAACCCUCUAUCUUCAGUAAGCACCAAAGAUAUGUGUUCUGAUCAUCUGUAUGAACGAUCAAGUGUUCCAUGUGCAAUUUUGAACUCUGAAUAUCUCAAGGCUGCACAACAAUUGCUUGAUGAAGUGCUUAAUGUUCAGAAAGCUCUGAAGCAGCCUGAAUCAGAAAAACAUCACAAAUUCCAUAAGUUUGGUUUGGAUGGCUCCAAAGAGACUGAUGAUACAUCUAAAUCAUGCUCUGUGCUUCCCCUAGAGAAUGCAAUGACGUCUAACCCUCAGAGAUCAACUACCAAUUCCCCUCAUGGACAUUCACCUACCGAACAACAGGAUUUGCUGAGCAAGAUGACCAAACUUUUGUCCAUGUUGGACGAGGUUGAUAGAAGAUACAAUCAGUAUUACCAUCAGAUGCAAACUGUGGUAUCAUCAUUUGAAAUGGUGGCUGGCUUUGGAGCUGCUAAACCAUAUACAGCGCUCGCACUCCAAACAAUUUCCCGUCAGUUCCGCUGUGUGCGUGAUGCACUCAGUCAGCAGAUUCGAGUGACUCGGCAAAGAUUGGGGGAGGUAGAUGCUACAUCAAAUAGCCAAGGAGGGGGAUUAUCUCAACUCCGGUAUGUGGACCAACAGCUCAGGCAACGAAGGGCCCUUCAGCAGAUAGGUAUGAUGCAACAUUCUUGGAGGCCACAAAGAGGAUUGCCUGAUAGCUCCGUUUCCAUCCUUCGUGCUUGGCUUUUUGAGCAUUUCCUUCAUCCUUACCCCAAAGAUUCGGAGAAAAUCAUGCUUGCAAGGCAGACGGGACUGAACAGAAACCAGGUUGCAAACUGGUUUAUAAAUGCAAGGGUGCGUCUUUGGAAACCGAUGAUUGAAGAGAUGUACAAAGAGGAGUUCGGUGAUUCUGAGGCCGACGCUAAAUCUUCACCAGAGCAAGCAGCCAAAGCAAAAGAAGAGUCGUGGGCUACUGAGCAUAGGGAGGAAGAAUUGCAAGUGCGGGUAACAUCUUCAGCUGCUGACUAUAAACCUGAUUUUAUCCUUGACGUAGGUAUAAAGGAGUGCACAACAAGAGAUUGUGGAGUAAUGAAACUGCCAGGUGACAAAAGGCCUAAUAAGGAUGACCACAGCUUUUGUUCAGAUCAGACCACGCCACCUGACCAUUGUGGCGAUGGGAGUCUUAUGUCUGGUGCUGCCACAUCAGAUACGUUUGGUUUUCCAUUUAGCAAUCAAGAAUCACUUGCAUUGGGAUUGCGGCACAACAAAAACGAUCCCCUGCUUACGUCUGGAGGGAUGCAAUUACAGGGAGUUGACACAGCAGAAUCUGAAGUUGGCGUUGACAAAGCAGAAUUUCCUUUUUUGGAUCCUGUAAACCAACAGCACAGGUUCGACAAUCCCCACCUGGUAUAUGAUUUUGUGGCAUGAUAUGAGUGCUUCCCUGCAACAUCCUGGAUGAAAAUAAACUCUCUAUAAAGAGAGAGGGAGACGGAUAGAGCGAAAGAAAGACAUCUUUUUCCUUGACCUUUUAGUUUUUGUAUCAUUUGUUUUGCUUGUAUACUGAUAAAAAGUGAUAGAAGGUUGUGUGAAUACUUAUAUCGAUAUAGGUGUGAUUUCCAUUCGUGUAUAGUAAAUAAUUUGUUGGAAAAAGCUUAGGUUAUUGUAAUGAUAAG